ACACCACUGCUUCUCUCUCUUUCUCCAAAAGGCUUCCCCUUUACUCUCCCCUCAAAAUUCCCUUUCACCCUCUGCAUUCCCUCUGUUUCAGAUAGAUAAACCCUGUCCUCUGACGGUGGGCGGCCAUGAGGGGUCCUUUGGGGGCUGUCAUAGGGAGGUACCCAUCAAGUGAUGGGACUACCCAACUCGGAGGAAUCAUAAGGCACAACAGGAAAUGCAGAGAUAUUGCAUUUCUUGUUAUCUUUAUAGCAUUUUGGGUUGCUAUGAUUGUCAACUCUAGCUUUGGGUUUAACCAAGGAAACCCAUUAAGGCUUACCUAUGGGCUGGACUACAAAGGAAAUGUGUGUGGUGACAAGCAUGCAAACCCUGGUCUUCGUCAAUUAGAACUUAGGUAUUGGUUGAAUCCAAACCAAGUUUAUCAAAGUGGCUUGAAGCACAGCCAAUUCAAAUUAGCCAAUGCCCGAAGUAUAUGCUUGUUUGAUUGCCCUAUUCCAUCAGAAGAUUCACUAAACUGGGUCUGUGAUUAUCCAGAGGGGGAUAUCCGCCUCUCGAUGGUUGACUGGAUUGAUAGGAAUUACGAUUAUUUUGAAUUCCUUACACCAGAAAUGCGAAACACUUCUCUUCAACUUCAGGGUCCAUGUUAUCCAGUUAUCUUCCCAAGUGUAAAUGUUUAUUGGAGUUGCCAAUAUAUUGCGCGUGCAUCAAACAUGUCUUUGCGGCAUUGGCAGCAGAUGGGUGGGGUGAAUAUCAAUGAGGAUAUUGUAAUAGAUAAAUCAAUUCACAGAUCCAUCAAUUCACGGUCAUCUGUCUUAAAGCGAUACAUGGCUGAUAUUGGGAAGUCAUGGCCUGUACUGAUAGUUUGUGGAGGACUGUUGCCACUGUUUCUAUCAGUACUUUGGCUCUUAAUGAUUCGGCAUUUUGUUGCUGCGAUGCCUUGGAUAACAGUUGCACUCUUUAACAUUCUCAUAAUAUCAGUUACAAUGUUUUACUACUUGAAAGCUGGAUGGAUUGGGAAUGAUGCUGUUUCUCCUAUCAUUGGUGAGCAUGAUCCAUACACACGGGUUUCUGGACGGGAACUAAAUCACCUCCGUGUUGCUGCCAUUUUUAUGUCAUUUGUUAUGGUUGUUUCCAUCUUAACGUCAAUUGCAAUUGUCCGCCGCAUUCUCAUGGCAACAUCUGUCCUCAAGGUGGCAGCAAAGGUCAUACGGGAAGUUCAAGCUCUAAUAAUUUUUCCCAUCAUACCAUAUGCAAUUCUUUCAAUAUUUUACAUGUUCUGGAUAUCAGCUGCUCUCCAUCUGUUCAGUUCUGGUCAGGUUAUUCAAAACAACUGCAAUGCCAACUGCUGUGCUUAUGAUCUUGUUUCAAAACGGGUAAAUUGUGAUCGGUGCUGUGGUUAUGGCAUUCGGUACACCCCUCAUAUUGCUGUUGCCAUCUUUUUCCACUUGUUUGGAUGUUACUGGGCAACGCAAUUUUUUAUAGCAUGCUCUUCUACUGUGAUUGCGGGUUCCGUGGCUUCCUAUUAUUGGGCUCGUGGUGAAAUAUCACCAGAGAUUCCAUUUCUUCCGGUAUUUUCCUCGAUGAAGCGGCUAAUACGAUAUAGCCUUGGUUCUGUAGCUCUUGGCUCCCUAAUUGUAUCCUUUGUGGAAUCAAUUCGUUUCAUUCUUGAGUCAAUUCGUCGUAAGCUGAAAGUUGCUGAUACCACAGCACAUAGUGGAUUCAGAAAGAUGGCGUUUCAUACUUCACAGGGAUGUUUGAGAUGUGUUGAGUGGACAAUCAAAUCUGUAAACCGCAAUGCCUAUAUAAUGAUUGCUAUAACUGGAAAAAGCUUCUGUAGGGCUUCUGCAAUUGCCACCGAAUUGAUAAUGAACAACAUCCUUCGAAUUGGGAGAGUGAACGUGAUUGGAGAUGUUAUUCUGUCCCUCGGAAAAUUGUGUGUCAGCCUUUCAAGUGCUGUUUUUGCUUUCCUCAUGUUGGAUACCCACAAGUAUAGGUCUUCUCAUAACAGGAUCUCGUCCCCACUCUUCCCUGUGCUGGUUUGUUGGGGUCUUGGCUACGUAGUUGCAACUCUCUUCUUUGCAGUGGUGGAGAUGUCAAUUGAUACCAUAAUUCUUUCUUUCUGCCAGGACUCAGAAGAGCAUCAAGGAACGGCUCAAUAUGCUCCUCCCCUUCUGAUUGAAACCCUCAAUGACCAAAAUGAGAUGCAGAGACUUACCCAUUGACCCUACUACAUCUCUUCAAAUGUAUAAUUUUACUUUACCAAAUCGCCUCCAUGGAUUUAAUGAAUCUUUCUAAUAUCAUAUACUGCUCUUGCAUUGCAUUUCUAUCAUUUUUCUUUUUUUCCAUUGCUCAACUCUGCAGGAAUUUUUAAACUGUCUGUGUGUAUGUCUGAUGAUAGUCAUUUUGAA